GGAAAUAUUUGUUCGUUUUCAAAAUGGCGCCGUCUCAAUCAGGAAGUGGAGAAAACAACUACGGAGAAUAAGUUGGGUAAAAAUCCUUAUUUCUGCGACUUUGACGUGGCUCUACGUUAGAAAACAGCCCGUGUCCCUGGGGUUUGAAGUGAGAACAAGUUACGCUUUGACGGUCAUGGAGAGUAUUUUCCCGUGUUAAAGAAAAAGGCACUAUCUCGCACACAGCCAGCACUUGGGUGACGGUUGGAUGGUGUGUAUACUUAGUCAGCUGGUGGUCAUGUGUGAAGCUGCGGUCUGAUGCCCACCCUCCCCUCAGCGCUGGCCAUGGACGGGGAGAACUACCUGCAUCCAGAAGGCCCUCAGCUAGACAGCACCAUGUUCUCUAUACCCUCCUCUAACAUGGAGAGUUCAAUAUUUGCCUCCUCUGACUCCUGGGGAUCCUUCUCUCAGCAGGCUGGAUACAGCAUACACUGCCCUAUGCAAUCUGGAAACCAGCAAUACCACUUGAACAGCAGCACUACCGUCACCACUCCGGAUGUGCACAUGGACAUAUACCCGGGAUUCUCUGACGUGGACUUUCCCAGCCUCAACCCCCCCAUGAAUGGAGAUUUCCCACAGGACUUGUCCUGCAUUGAUGAGCUCUCCACAAACUCCCUGUUCUCCUCUCCGAAUGACUCACUGUCGGAGUAUGCUGAUGCCCAGUCCUUCAUCAGCACAGACAACCUGGACACAGUGCCCACCAUCUGGGACGUCAACACUAGUACCACCACCACACCAGCACAAAGCCAGCUCGAGCUGAAUGGCACCGGCAGGUUUCAUGGCUUGGCCAGUUUGGAUGAUAUAACUGCUAUUAUCAGCACCCCACCUUUAGGAGGAUUCCAGGUUCAGAGUACCCAGCCACCCCCAGAGGAGGAAGAGGAUGCAGAGGAAGAGGAGACAGAAGAACUGGGACAUGUCGACACAUAUGCUGAGUACAAACCCUCCAAAUCCACUAUAGGAAUUUCUCAUCCUGACAUAGUGGUGGAGACGAACACGCUAUCCAGUGUCCCUCCUCCAGACGUCACAUACACACUGUCUAUUGCUCAGUCAACUAUUAACAACGGCUUGCUGUCCGCUCUGCAGUUAGAGGCGAUCAUCUAUGCCUGCCAGCAACACGAGGUUAUCCUUCAGAAUAACCAGAGGGCAGGCUUCCUGAUCGGAGAUGGAGCAGGGGUUGGAAAGGGACGCACUGUGGCAGGAAUCAUCCAGGAGAACUACCUUAAAGGAAGGAAGAAAUCGCUCUGGUUCAGCAUAUCCAAUGACCUGAAAUUCGAUGCAGAGAGAGAUCUCAAAGACAUAGAUGCACCAAAUAUUCCGGUGCAUGCCUUAAACAAGAUUAAGUAUGGAGACACUGCUACCUCAGAAGGAGUCCUAUUUGCAACUUACUCUGCGCUGAUUGGAGAAAGCCAGGCAGGAGGACAGCACCGGACGAGAAUUAAACAGAUCCUCGACUGGUGCAAGCCAGACUUCGACGGAGUUAUUAUUUUCGAUGAAUGCCACAAAGCCAAGAAUGCUACUUCUACAAAGAUGGGCAAGGCAGUUCUUGACCUGCAAAACAAGCUGCCACGGGCCAGAGUGGUAUACGCCAGUGCCACAGGUGCCUCUGAGCCAAAGAACAUGAUCUAUAUGAGCCGCCUGGGAAUCUGGGGUGAGGGCACACCCUUCAGAACCUUUGAUGACUUUCUGCACGCCAUCGAGAAAAGAGGUGUCGGUGCCAUGGAGAUCGUUGCCAUGGACAUGAAAGUGAGCGGGAUGUACAUCGCCAGGCAGCUGAGCUUCUCAGGGGUAUCUUUCCGCAUCGAGGAAAUCGGACUGGAUAGUGACUUCAAACUGGUCUACAACAAAGCUGCCAAACUGUGGGCCGAGGCAUUGCAGAUCUUCGUGCGUGCGGCAGAUGAGCUUGGCCUGGUCAGCAGGAAGUCUCUGUGGGGGCAGUUCUGGUCAUCUCACCAGCGCUUCUUCAAAUACCUCUGCAUUGCUGCCAAGGUCCGCUGCCUGGUGGAGCUGGCCAAAAAAGAGCUGCUGGCCGGGAAGUGCAUCGUGAUUGGCCUACAGUCUACAGGAGAGUCUCGCACCAGAGAAGUCCUGGAUGAGAACGAUGGGCACCUCGACAGAUUUGUUUCUGCAGCAGAGGGAGUUUUUCAAUCACUUGUUUCAAAACAUUUCCCAUCUGAGAAACAGAGGAGAGAGAAGGCGCCGAGUAAUAAGAGAAAACGGAAGCCAAGAGGUCGCCAACCAAAGGUACCUAAGCACACUGUGGACAGCGGCGGCGUGAUCAACAUCAGCGAUGACAGCAGCACUGACUCUGACGGCAUGGACACAGACUCCAACUCCUCUCCAGAUUCCCUGCUAGACAAUGAUGAUGUCAUCUUUGUGAACCACACUAGCUGCCAGACAGCCAGGAUAGAGGAGAUGAAGCAGGGCCUCCUCAGCAAAAUAUCUGAGCUGGGAAAAGAACUACCUCUCAAUACCUUGGACGAGCUGAUCGAUAAGUUUGGAGGACCAGAUAAAGUCUCAGAGAUGACUGGUCGUAAGGGUCGCGUGGUGCGGCGUCCCGACGGCAGCGUCCGUUACGAGUCCCGGGCUGAGCAGGGACUGACCAUCGACCACAUUAACAUCAAGGAGAAAGAUCGCUUCAUGGGUGCAGAAAAGUUUGUGGCCAUCAUCUCAGAGGCAGCCAGCUCUGGGAUUUCCCUGCAGGCAGACAAACGAGUGAAAAACCAGAGACGAAGGGUCCACAUGACCUUGGAGCUGCCGUGGAGUGCAGACAGAGCCAUUCAGCAAUUUGGUCGCACUCACCGGUCCAAUCAGGUGACAGCCCCAGAGUACAUCUUCCUCAUUUCGGAGCUGGCUGGAGAGAGACGUUUUGCCUCUAUCGUGGCGAAAAGGCUUGAGAGCCUGGGUGCAUUAACGCACGGAGACAGACGAGCCACAGAGUCCAGAGACCUGAGCAAGUACAACUUUGAGAACAAGUACGGUACCAAGGCUCUGGAUAAGAUCACCAAAGCAAUCCUCGGCCACAUAGAGAACAAGGUGCCCUUCCCCAAAGGCUACCCAGGGGGUGAAUCCAUGUUCUUCAGAGACAUGAAAUUUGGAAUGAUGGAUGUGGGCAUCUUUUGCAAGGAGUCUCGUUUUGGGAUCAGCAUUGAGAAAGACUGCAGCAUCACAAAGUUCAUGAACCGCAUCCUGGGCCUGGAAGUACACAAGCAGAACUAUCUGUUCCAGUACUUCACCGACAACUUUGACUACCUAAUUGAGAAGGAUAAGAAGGAAGGCAAAUACGACAUGGGAAUCCUUGACCUGGCCCCAGGUAACGAUGAGAUCUACGAGGAGAAACAGGAACACUUCUUGACAGCUGGAAACCCUCAAGAUGGACAGGUGGUUCUGUAUAAGAUCAGUGUGGACAGAGGCAUGCCCUGGGAUGAGGCUUACAACAGGUCACUGCAGCUAAGCAGUCCAGACGAAGGAUUCUACCUGUCCCUGAAGCUCCGAGGUAAUCACCCGUGUGUGCUGCUAGCGGAGCAAGGACGGGGGAAGAACCUCAUCGUCUACAAGCCAAACAUUGGCAAACAGAGCCACCCUGAGAGCUUAGACAACCUGCAGCAGCGUUACCGCAAGGUGACUCCAGAGGAAGCAAGGGACAGCUGGGAGAAUCAGUUCACUUUCUCCUUCAAGAAGUGCAGCCAUGCCAACUGGAACGGAAAGUGUAAGAAAAUCGAAGAAGGCCAGGAGUGUCUGCAGGGCAUGCGCCUUCGUCAGUACCACAUGUUGUGUGGUGCUCUGUUGCGUGUGUGGAAGCGUGUGUCCGAUGUGGUGUCUGACAUCACCAGCUCCAGCAUCCUGCAGAUUGUCCGCUUAAAAACCAAGCAGCACAACAAGCAAGUCGGUAUUAAGAUCCCAGAGAACUGCGUGGCCCGUGUGCGAGAGGAGCUGUUGCUGAUGGACACGGAGGUGAAGAAGAGACGAAAGGAGAGAGAGCAGCAGGCUGUGGAGCAGCGACUGGCUGAGGAGCGCAUGCGUAAAAUGGAGCAGGAGAACAAACACCUCCUUGCAAAUCUGUUCAGCCAGAAACCCAUGCUUAACCAGUCUCUGGUUCCAUCUGUCCCUCAGAAUCAGAUCCUCAAACAGAAACUGAACCAAAAUGUUCUACAAAGGACACAUGCUGCUGGAACCAUCACUCAGCAGCUGCAAAGACUACAAGCCCAAGCCCAGUCCAGCUUACAGCAGCCCUCCCAGAACUCAGCCCUGCUGUCCUUACAGAGAAAUCCAAACCAGAUCCAGCAAAGAACCCAUAACAGCUGGCCCAAAAACUCCUCCACGUCCAACACCAACCAGGGGCCUCAGUCCAACAUGGUUAGCCUCAACUCGCAGUUUUACCCCCAGUCCUUUUUACCCUCCUUCUCACACCUGAAGAGCCCAACCCUUCCACUCCUCAAGACCACACUGCCUCAAAGGGCAUCUUCCAAGAAUCCCUUAGAUGAGAUCUUGGACCUGACUGUGAGUUCGUCUUCCCCCUCCCCAGACACCACAGAGGGCAGACUGCAUCUUGACAGUCUGGCGAGACACUCGGCUGGAUUUGAAGAUGAUUUUAACCUAGAGUCUCUGAUCUCAUCCAAUACCCAGCACACUGCACAAAUACAGACGCCUCUUUUGCUGCCACAGCAGCAGCAGCAGCAACAGCAGCAACAUUUGCAAGCAACACAACAGCAAAACCACAACCUGCUGGCUAACAACCACCACCAAGACUUGUUAGAUUUCCUGAAGUUGCCCUUGUCUCCCCAGAUGCCCACACAGAAAGCCAGCCCUUCAUCCUCUACCUCCUCUUGCUCCUCCUCUGCUUCCUCCACAAACAACCUGGUUUCCCACACCUCGGCUGGCCUCCUCCCCACAUCCGCCCUCCUCCCUACAUCCCCCUCCUCAUCCCUCUUCUCAAGCCCUUCCUCGUCCUCCUCUCUGUUUUCUAACUCCUCCUCUUGCUUCUCCUCUCCUUACCUCCUCCCCCAGUCAGACUCUACUUCUUUAUCCAACGGCCACUGCAGUUCAGCCGCUCUAGACGUCCGCGAGGCCCUGAACAGCAUGCUGGCUGAGCCGGACCGCAAGUCUGUCAUCAAGUACCGGCCACAGGACUGAAACAACAACAUCUUGUCUUUAGGAUUUUUUAAACUUUGUCUUUUCAAGCAAACUGUCUCAUUUGCUGCUGUCUACGAUCGCACCCUCGGACCUACUCCCUCUCCCCCCUCAGGGCCUAUAGUCACGUCACUGCCUGUCCUGUGCUCGGCUCACCCUUCUCUCUCUCCACCUGUAGUGUUCACCUGCUCAAGGCUGUAGAGGUGAUAGCAGGCUUGAUCAAUGUCAGAUUUCUGCACCAAAGCGUGUCCUCCACAGUGUAAGGCAGCUGUUUAAAACAAAAAAACAAGUUUUAAAAAAAAGACGUGAUAUUUCAUGGAACACUCGAGCUGUCAAAACAAAAGCUCAUUCAUCCAGAUGUGGAAAUCUUUAAUAAACCUCCCGCUGCUGGGUAGACGAGGUAUGAUUGGUGAAGUUGGUGGAAGUUCUUAACGCCUUUCACUAUUUGAAACCACAUCUUUCGACUUUGCUUUACUGUUACUUCACUUCAUGGCCGUCUGUCUUGACUAAAACAAGGCUGUAUGCAAGGCAUGGUUUGAGAGUGAUAGUGUUGAACUGGAAGAGGAGAUAAAACAGAUGAACCUUUUAGCUGAUUAGCCAUGAAAUGCCUCAGUUUUCAUUCUUUCUUCUUCAUGCUCCCUCUUGUAUGCUUGUAUGGACACUAGUGUAAGGAAAAAGGGAGAGGAAGAGAAGUCUACUGUUGCAAACAGUGCCUUUGGAGAAUUCUAUAAAUGCAGUCUUUAAAAAUCCAUGUAGCCUAAUGUAUAGAUUUGUACUCUUGAGCAUUGGUUUUAAUUUAAAUAUGGUAUAUUUGUAUUUAACUUUUAGCCCCCUCAGUGAGUCUGUUGUUGUUGCACUGUGCUGGUGAUCAGCUUCAGGAAGAAGCCUCCAAACAGCCCGUGUGUGCUUGUAUGAUUGUGCGAGUCACUGCUUUCAAAACUAAAGCAGCAGUUAUUUCGUGUGUCCUUCCUUUCCUGUUGAUACAGAGUGAUUAUGGCGCGGUUCAUUGAUCAGCAUGGAUAAAAAUUGUGUCCAAAAAUGUCCUCUCUCAUUUUUUUUAUAUAAAGCUGACAAUAACUUGUAUUGAAGCGACUCCUGGUUUGAUUUGAUUUUGAAUUUCUCAGGAAAGUCUCAAAGUGUGUCGUUGUCUUUAUGUGUGAUUUUGACCAACAUAGAUAUGAAAAUUUGUUCAAAGUCUUUGUUAUCACAGUGGAUGACAAAGAGUUUCAGCUUUUAUUUGUCCUUAAAGUCUGAAAAGAAGAUCCUUGUUUUUCCCACUUUGGUAUUCGUGGUAAACCUGCGACAAACUUGUCAUUUAAUGCGUUUCCAUUUCAGGCAUCGAGGCGUCAAAACCUUUGAAAUGUGUAGACUCGUAGUGUUCACUGUGUAUAAUAGUCCACUUUUAAAAACGUCGGAGGUCUGGCCAUCUUUGUGUGAAAAAGAUGCACUGGUGUUAGUUCAUGACAAAAUGCCGGGACACGUUCAAGUGAUUAAAAAGCAAUAAAACCAGA